AUGUAUCUGUGGGAUGCGAUCGAAAGUGACAAAGGUGAGCGGCGUCAUGAUCGGCUCGCGCUUGGCGCCAUGAUUCGUGGCGUGCCUCCUGAGAUGCACUCCAUGCUGUUGAACAAGAAAUCAGCAAAGGAAGCAUGGGAGGCUAUCAGAUCGAUGCGUCUGGGAGCAAAGCGGGUUAAGGAGGUGAAUGCACAAAAGCUGCUGGCGGAGUUCGAGUCGAUCUCCUUCAAGACUGGAGAGUCGAUUGAUGAUUUCGCCGUCCGGAUUGGCAAACUUGCGACCGAUCUUAAGGGUCUUGGUGAAGAGAGUGUGGAUGACACGCGGGUCAUGAAGAAAUUUCUCAGAGUUGUGCCGGCACGGUAUAACCAGUUGACUGUCGAAGAGCUUGUCGGACGCCUCAGGGCGGCGGAGGACAGGUUUGAGCCAACGGCUGAUCAAGUCACCGAGAAGACUAGUCAUCUUCUACUGACGGAGGAUGAAUGGGCGGCAAGAAAUAAGAGCGGCAUGGUGAAUACUGAUUCAUCUUCAUCAAGUAGCAAGCAUAGUGGCAAGAAAGAUCGAUCUGGAGCGCGAGGUGGCGGAGGCAAGAACGACCGUGACAAGCGUGAUGCAGGCUGUCACCCGUCAUCAGGAACACCGCGUCGGAAGGGCAGAUGCAAGAAGUGUGGCGUCUACGGCCACUGGGCAAAGGAGUGCCUAAAUAAAAAGUCCGGGAAGGAAGAGCAGGAGGAUGCUGCUCAUCAUGUCAAUGGUGACACCGACAAGGGGCCAGCUCUGUUAGUAGCAAGUGUGUGUAACAUUGAGCGCGCUGCAAGGUCGGCUGCGCGAGGCCUGUUCCUGAAUCAGGAACGAGUUUUUCCGGCAAAUUAUGAUGAAGGCGCGUGGGUGCUUGACACAGGAGCCACAAAUCACAUGACAGGCUGCCGAGCGUCAUUGGCAGACCUUGAUGAGACAGUACGUGGUGCAGUCAGAUUUGGAGAUGGGUCCACUGUUGAAAUCUGUGGUGUUGACGCAGUACCAAUGUCAGGCAAGAACAAGGAGCAUCGGGUGCUCAUUGGGGUGUACUUCAUCCCAUCCCUCAGAUGCAACAUCGUGGGUCUUGGUCAGCUAGAAGAGGAAGGAUGUCGAGUUGAGAUUGACAAGGGCAUAAUGGAGGUGUUCAAUCGUGAACUGCCUGGUCGUGCUCGGAGUGUUCUAAUCCGGGCAGAACAGAAAAAACACCUGUAUGUCAUGAAAGCUGACGGACCUGAUGCGGCUUCCGAAGAUGUUUCUGAACCUAAUGGUGAAUCGGGUUCGCCUGCAGCGUCAAUUCCAUCGGUGGGGGGUGCUUCAAACUCGCCUCCACAAACUCCAAUGUCCAGUCCAGGGACACCAAUGAUCCAGUGGGCGACUCCACCCACCAAUGGGUCUGUCGACUCUGACGACGCGCUGUUGCGGUAUCGAACAAUACCCAAUCUGUUCGAUACGACAGAGGAAGUAUAG